UGCCCCAUCAACACAGCACGACGCUUUUCGCUGGCCAAUUGACAGCUCGGCAAGGAACCGUGACAAUCGUUUAAGUUUUUGUUUUCUUUCUGCACUUAUCCGGUGAAGGGUCGUAGGUGACAGGGGUCGAGUCUGGAAGGAGAACUCCCGUUGAAUUUAAAUAUUGAUUAGAGCUAUUUUUUCCGCCUCGCGCACAAAAGAUGAGGCUUCAGCAGUCAGUGUUGUAAGAGCUAUGAAAUAGGCUACAGCUUCGCGCAGUCGGUCACCAUCAGUCGCCAGCUCAUUUUCAGACCUGAAGCAUAAUUUCUUUGGAAAUUCGUUUACUUUCACCAUGUCCUAGAAGCGUUUAUUGUGUAUUCUUUGACUGCGACUGUUCCGUCCUGUCCCGUGAAAUAGAGGGGGGCAGGUCGAUACAGUGUUGCAGCUAUUGCGCUCGCUUUCUGAAGAUACGAUUUGUUGCGAGGGAACUAGAAGGUCUACAACAGACAUUUUGCUAAUUUCCGCUUUGGUAGACAGACCCCGCGCAGGACUACUUGUAUGCGCAGCCCAGCAAAAAAACAGAGUUGGAGUAGCUUGAAGAACCGGAGGAAAAGUCUUGAGAAGGAAUAAGAAUCGGUACGAGGUAUCAGAAGAAUCUGUUUGCACGUGCGGUGCCCACCGACAGCGAUGCUGCUGAAGGAGUACAGGAUAUGCAUGCCCCUCACUGUGGAGGAGUACAGGAUUGGUCAGCUCUACAUGAUCAGUAAGCACAGUCAUGAGCAGAGUGAGCGUGGCGAGGGGGUGGAGGUGGUGCAGAACGAGCCCUACGAGGACCCCACACACGGCCAAGGCCAGUUCACCGAGAAACGAGUCUACCUCAACAGCAAGCUUCCCAGUUGGGCGCGAGCGGUGGUGCCAAAGAUCUUCUACGUGACCGAAAAGGCCUGGAACUACUACCCUUACACCGUCACAGAGUAUACAUGUUCUUUCCUGCCAAAGUUCUCCAUUCACAUCGAGACGAAAUACGAGGACAACAAAGGCUGCAAUGACCAUAUCUUUGACACUGACACUGAGACCAAGGACCAGGAGAGAGAGGUGUGCUUUGUCGACAUUGCCUAUGAUGAGAUCCCGGAGCGAUACUAUAAAGAAUCCGAGGACCUGCGCUACUUCCGCUCGGAGAAGACGUCCCGCGGCGUGCUGCAGGAGGGCUGGAGGGACAGCCAGGAACCCAUCAUGUGCUCCUACAAGCUGGUGACCGUCAAGUUCGAGGUCUGGGGCCUGCAGACGCGCGUCGAGCAGUUCGUACACAAGGUAGUCCGUGACGUUCUCCUACUGGGCCACAGACAAGCCUUCGCCUGGGUGGACGAGUGGAUCGACAUGACGAUGGAUGAGGUGAGAGAGUUCGAGCGCACCAUCCAGGCGGAGACCAACCAGAUCAUCGGGGUCUUCCCUCCGUCCAUCUCCAUCGGCGAGACGCCCCUGUCCUCCCUGGCCCCCCCGACGGGCCCCGCCAGCGCCCCCUCCACCCCGCUCUGCACCGACGCCCCCUCGGAGUUCCUCUCCGUCCCCAAGGACCGACCGCGCAAGAAGUCCGCCCCCGAGACCAUCACCCUGCCCCUGCCCCUCCCCCAGCCGGGCUCCUCCUCCUCCUCCUCCGUCCUCCUCCAGGGUUCUGGUGGUGCUGGUGGUGCUAGCUCCUCCUUAGCUCCUAUCGCUAUCGCUACCACAGCGGCUCCGCUAACCCCUGGCCCCGCCACCGCACCCAUCCUCAACCACGCACCCUGGAACUCGGACGACGCCAUCGAGUGAUGUGGCCAUGUCCUGCAACACACACACACACACACACACAUACACACACACACACACACACACACACACACACACACACACACACACACACACACACAUACACACACACACACUGCUUAUGCCGCCACACUCAUACCUCUGCCUGAAACCCACCCACCCCCACUGAUUCAAGUGUACACACACACACGCACACACGCAACCACUCACAUUUAUACUGUCUCCAUGUAUGUCUCUUUCUCUCCGUAUGUUUUACAUGGCCCAGCUAUAUCCCUCUGCAGCCAGUUCUCCUAAGGCCCAUGCCCCCUCUUUACACGAAAUCUCACAGUUGCUACUGUAGUUCAGACCCACAUCACAUUCAAAAGACCACCCAAACCCAUUAAGACCGACGAACGGGUUAAUUUUUUUUUGCAUUUUAAUACAAAAGUGCCCGGGCCCUAUUUCCCCCAAGGUCCAGUCCUGCCCAUUAAUAUUUCAUUCCAUUUUUGACACAACUCGGCCUAACAUCGUGCAGCACAUUCAGUGUAGCUCUUGCCUUACACAAGCCCCCAGUAGCUGAAAGGGUGACAAACAAACAACCAAUACGUCCUUCUUCUUCUCUGCCAAAAUUAAGAGAAUAUCUACUCGUUUCAGUUACGUGCAUGUGUGCGGGCGUGUGCGUGGCAGUCCUUCCGCUCGUGUGUGUGUUCUUGUGUCCAGCAGAGUCAUGGAAUUCAGAGUUGUGACAACCGGGGUACAGGAAGUCGGCUGGUGGCGUGAUUCCCCUUCCUGGAACUAUUUCGGAACUAUGUCAAUGGGCAUCUGUGUGUUAAAGGCUCCAUGAGCCGCCAUCUUUGUUUAAAUAUGGAACACAGCGGUCAAUUGCUGUUUACAUGAGACAUUUAAUUCGGAAUUAACUCACGUUAAUUCUGAAUAAAGCUUUAUUCCGCUUUGAAAAUGUCAUGUAAGCACUUCUUAAUUCGGAAUUAAAUGAAAGAUCAAAGGAAACUCGACGGAACUAUUUAAUUCCGGAUUAUUAAUUCGGAAUUAAAACAGUCAUGUAAACGUAGCAAUUGGUAUUAGCCUAACUCUUACUUCUAUGGCUCUGGUUGUGUCGGUCAGUCUGCCUGUUGCAGCGUUUACAUCAGGCACACCGUGUCCUUCCUCUCCUCCGUCCACAGACCUUGACAACAGCAGAUACAGCUAUAUCCUGUUAACAGAAGUCGACACACUGGCUUCAGAAAUUUGUAGUCUUGCCUGGCUGCCGUGUAUUUUUUUCCCUGCCAGUUUGAUUCCCAUUGAUCAUUAUUUCCUAUUUUUUUUGUCUUCAGUAGGUGCCUGAAGGGUGAACGCAACAUCUAGUGUUAGUCUUUAUCUUUGAAGCCCUUCUAGCGAUUAGUGAAUUCCUCUGGGGAUUCUUUCCCUUGACCACUAGGUCAUUACUGCAACAUAAUGAGUCAAGUCACCUGUCUGAAGGACUACAUGUCAUGGCAGUUCUUUGACUUUCUUAAGCCAGUAUGCCCACCUCUGCCAAUUAUUAACGAUGUUUGUUGUGUCGUAUUUCCCAGGAGUUUAGUUAGUUAGCUAGACGAGUCUCUCCAGUGUACAGCCAUACAAACCCCCGUGGCCUAAGUCUAGCUGCAGAGCUGAGUGUAGAUAUUUUUAGCAACACUGAGCUGAUCUGCUACUGUAUGAAAUGCCACCGCCGCGGCAGGCAGGUGUUGCUAUGCUACAGCACAUCAGCUUCAUUCGGGAAGAACUGAAAACAGAAACCUUUCGACCAAUCAGAGAAAGAGAGUGAAAAGAUGUUUCUCAGGUCGCCGACUCCUUUUUGAUAACACA